AUGUCCACUGAUAGCAACCCUGAGGCGACACCAGGCCCUAGCCAUGCUAGGCCACAUCCAAACCCCCGAGCCAGCCACUAUCCACUAAUAAAACCAACCAGCCAACCGGGACGGCAACCUACGGACCAUGGACGGGUCCAACGUCUGGACGACGACCGCCCUCCAUGUCCACUGAUAGCCUACCCUGAGGCGACACCAGGCCCUAGCCAUGCUAGGCCACAUGCAGAGACCAAAUCCCCGAGCCAGCCACCACCCGCUGUAGGCGGUCCAACCAAACGACCGACCCAGCAUUUUUCCGGACACCUUGACAUACGGCGCAAGCGACGUCCAGUGAGGAUGGUCGCUAUUUCUCCACCGCCCACUAAGAGGACUCAGCAGCCACGUCCCCACGAGAGGCCAGGGACGUCGGCCAACCCCCAGCAAAGUCAACCAGCCGCCAGCCGGACUACCUGA